AUGGCUCGUGACUUACAAAAUCAUUUACUAUUCGAAGUAGCAACAGAAGUAGCCAACAGGGUUGGUGGCAUUUACUCUGUCUUGAAGUCCAAGGCUCCAGUUACUGUGGCACAGUACGGAGACAACUAUACCCUGAUUGGGCCUUUGAACAAGGCAACAUACGAAGGUGAGGUUGAAAAACUCGACUGGGAGGACGAAAGCGUCUUUCCUGAUGAUCUAUUAGGAGUCCAGAGGACUUUGAUGUCCAUGCGCCAAAAGGGUGUUAAUUUUGUUUAUGGUAAUUGGUUGAUUGAAGGAUCACCACGUGUCAUUCUAUUUGAACUGGAUUCUGUGAGACACUUUUUGAACGAAUGGAAAGCUGACCUAUGGUCUCUUGUCGGGAUCCCAUCUCCUGAGCACGAUCACGAAACAAACGAUGCGAUAUUGUUGGGUUACGUUGUUGUGUGGUUCUUGGGAGAAGUAUCAAAACUGGACAAUAGCCAUGCCAUCAUUGGUCAUUUCCAUGAAUGGCUGGCUGGUGUAGCUUUGCCAUUGUGUAGAAAGAAAAGAAUUGACGUUGUAACGAUCUUCACCACACACGCUACUUUAUUGGGGAGAUACUUGUGCGCCGCUGGUGACGUAGAUUUUUAUAACAAUUUGCAAUAUUUUGAUGUGGACCAAGAAGCUGGUAAAAGGGGAAUUUACCAUAGGUAUUGCAUUGAACGUGCGGCAGCUCAUACAGCGGACGUUUUCACCACUGUGUCGCAGAUCACUGCAUUGGAAGCGGAGCAUUUACUGAAGAGGAAACCUGACGGAAUAUUGCCCAAUGGGCUGAACGUCGUCAAAUUCCAAGCCGUUCAUGAAUUCCAAAACCUGCAUGCCUUGAAAAAAGACAAAAUUAAUGAUUUUAUUAGAGGUCAUUUCCAUGGCUGUUUUGAUUUCGAUCUAGACAACACCGUUUACUUCUUUAUCGCUGGUAGAUAUGAAUACAAAAACAAAGGUGCUGACAUGUUCAUUGAAUCAUUAGCCCGUCUCAAUUAUAGGUUGAAAGUUUCUGGGUCCAAGAAGACUGUGGUAGCAUUUUUGAUUAUGCCAGCCAAGACUAAUUCCUUCACCGUAGAGGCAUUAAAGAGCCAAGCCAUUGUGAAAUCCCUGGAGAAUACCGUUGAUGAGGUCACUGCAGCCAUUGGAAAAAGAAUUUUCGAGCAUACAAUGAGAUACCCUCACAACGGUCUGGAAUCGGAGUUGCCCACUAAUUUGGAUGAACUGUUGAAAGGUUCAGAGAAAGUCCUGUUGAAAAAAAGGGUCUUGGCAUUAAGGAGACCUCAGGGAGAAUUACCUCCAGUAGUCACACAUAACAUGUGCGAUGAUGCUAACGAUCCAAUACUAAAUCAAAUCAGACAUGUCAGAUUAUUUAACGAUUCUAGCGACCGUGUCAAAGUGAUUUUCCAUCCUGAAUUUCUGAACGCCAAUAAUCCCAUUCUUGGAUUGGAUUAUGACGAAUUUGUUCGUGGUUGUCAUUUGGGUGUCUUCCCUUCCUAUUAUGAGCCAUGGGGGUACACUCCUGCUGAAUGUACCGUUAUGGGUGUUCCAUCAAUCACAACAAACGUUUCAGGGUUUGGUGCCUAUAUGGAAGACCUGAUUGAAACCGACCAAGCGAAAGACUAUGGUAUUUAUAUCGUAGACCGUCGUUUCAAGAGCCCUGAUGAAUCUGUGGAACAAUUAGCUGACUACAUGGAAGAGUUUGUUAAUAAGACUAGAAGGCAAAGAAUAAACCAAAGAAACAGAACCGAAAGAUUGUCUGAUUUAUUAGACUGGAAGAGAAUGGGGUUGGAGUACGUCAAGGCUAGACAAUUGGGACUUCGUAGAGCCUACCCAGACCAGUUCAAAGAAUUGGUAGGCGAGACAAUUAGCGACGCCAAUAUGAAUACACUUGCCGGUGGCAAGAAAUUCAAGAUUGCCAGACCUCUAAGUGUACCUGGAUCUCCCAAGGUUAGAUCCAAUAGCACCGUUUACAUGACACCGGGCGACUUGGGUACCCUCCAAGAUGCUAAUAAUGCUGAUGACUAUUUCAACUUGAGCAUGAAUGGGGGCAUCGCCAAUGACGACGACGAUGAUACGUCUGCAUACUACGAGGAUAACUGA